AUGCAGGUGACAUUCUGCAGACUUCGGACUCACCAGUGGUGUUUCAUUCUGUUCAAUGUCAUCCUAUUUCAUGCCUUGCUUUUUGGGGCUGACUUUGUGGAACAAUACUUUCUGCAUUCUUUGCCUUAUAUAGAUAUGAAAGUUCUUGAAAUUAAGGAUAAAGCAAGAAAAUUGAACAUGGAGCCCCUAAAAAGUAAUCUCUCCAAGUAUUAUGUCCUGAGCCAGUCAGAGGUAUGUAAAGGGAAGAAGAUUUUUUUGCUUUCUCUUAUCUUCAGUAGCCCAGGAAAUGGAACAAGACGGGACCUCAUCAGGAAAACCUGGGGUAAUGUGACCAGUGUCCAAGGGCACCCCGUUCUCACACUGUUUGCUUUGGGAAUGCCUCUUUUGGUAACUACCCAGAAAGAGAUAGAUGAAGAGUCCAAUAAGAAUAAUGAUAUAAUUGAGGGAAUCUUCUUGGACAGUUCUGAGAACCAGACCCUGAAGAUCACUGCAAUGACACAGUGGGCUGUGACUUUCUGCCCUAAUGCCCUGUUCAUUCUCAAGGUUGAUGAAGAGAUGUUUGUCAACCUACCGAGUUUGGUAGACUUCCUUCUCAAUCUGAAAGAACACCUCAAAGAUAUCUAUCUAGGAAGAGUUAUACGUCAAGAUACACCCAACAGAGACCCUCAUAGCCAAGAAUUUGUCCCUCUUAGUGAGUACCCAGAAGAAUACUACCCAGAUUACUGCAGUGGUGAGGCCUUUAUAAUGUCCCAAGAUGUGGCUCGGAUGAUGUAUGUGGUUUUCAAAGAAGUACCCAUUAUGGUGCCUUCUGAUGUGUUUGUAGGAAUUUGUGCUAAGUCCAUUGGCCUCAUACCCAUCCACAGUUCAAGAUUUUCUGGAAAAAGACACAUCAGAUAUGACAGAUGUUGCUAUAAAUUCAUUUUUACAUCCUCAGAAACUACGGAUGCUGAAAUAUCCCUGGCAUGGAAGGAAAUUAAUGAUGGGAAAGAAUGUACACUGUUUGAGACUUACUAUGGGCUCAUUUCCUGCAAACUUCUGACAUACCUUGAUAGCUUUAAACCUUUUCACAUGGGGACCAUAAAAAUCAAUGCCAUGUAUUUGGGUGAUUAG